AUGACUGAGUCAGAAUUUGAAGAUGACGCUGAAGAUUUUGAAGAUGAGUUAGAGUUAGAAGAUGACUUUGAAGCUGAAGACAAGUCAGAAUCCGAAGGUGAUUCUGAUUUUGAAGAAGAUUCUGCUUCUGAAGAAGAGUCAGAAGAUGAUGACUCUGGAAACUCUGAAGGUGAGUCAGAUGGUGAAUCUGAUUUUGAUUCAGAUUUUAAUGAUGAUCCAGAAUUUGGUGGUGAUCAUGCUUAUGGGAGGGAAAACUCUAAAGACGUAGGUUCUGGAGGACAAGCUUCUAAAGAUGAUCAAGUUUUUGGUGGAAAUCAUGACUCUAAGGUUGGACCUUCUGAAGGAGGAGCUUCUGAAGGAAAUUCAGCCUUUGACGAUGAUCAUGAUUCUGAAAGUGGAACUUCUGAAAGCAAAGGUGAUCCAACUUUUGAAGAUGCUAUUUCUGAAGGUAGUGGCUUUGACUCUGAUGAUGAUUCAGACUCUGGGAAUUUUCAAGACUCUGAAGAUAGUCAAGGUUUUGGAAAAGUCAAAACUCUGAAGCAAGAUCUUUUGAAGGGGGGAAAUUUUGGUGUCCAAGGUUCUGAAGGUCCAUUACAAGAAGAGGUAUCGAUCUUAUCUUUGAUUCUUGCUCAAUUUUCUUCAAUCCGGAAGUUGGUCGUUGUUGAUUGUGAUACUGAGAUUUAG